AUGCUUGAUAUCUCUUGCGCUAUUUGGAGAGGCGAAGGAAGACCUUCGGUUUUCUUUAGAGAAAUCGCCGUCGAAAACACGGUUCCCUCCAGCAGGAUUCAGAUAUUGGCCCUUUACACAUGUACCGAAAAGAAAAUGCUAACGUCAUCAUUAUGGUAUCCAAUCAAAAAUCUCUGGGAUGAUUUAAAACAUCCUAAAUCAACCGCCAUGUCUCUUGUCAACAGACCUAACAACGUCCUUGCUCAUCAAAGAUACUUCCAAGCUCCUUCUAACACACCCUUGUUCCUUCGUGGUCCCAGAGAUAAGCUCUUUGUCUUUACUACCUUUGCUGUUCUCAGCGUUGGUGUCGCUGGUUCUCUUUACGGUGCCGUCAACAUGGCUCGUGGCAAGAAAUAA